AUGCCUCCACUCGUUCCCCGAAAGCGCCUCCGCGAGCCCGGCCCUGAUCCCUCGCCGCCCGCGAAACGCGCCACACCCCCAUCGAGAGCCCAGCGAGCCAGAGAGUCGGUGUUUGAGACUCUGGAUGCGACACCGAGCCUGCAGCGCACGCUGUCACAGACCAAAGCCUUGAUAGAGAAUGAGGACUCUGACUCCGAGCUCAGCGACGCGAGCAGCGACGAGUUUGAGGAUGUGGCCAUCAACGGAGCGCACCCUGGCACGAGCAGGCAAAAGGAUGACCAGCCUGGAGACGAUGACGGCAGCGACGAGGAGGAGGAGUGGGAAGAUGCCCUGGGCGGCCACCAUAACACCCAUGCCCAUAUGAAGGAUGACGACACAGCCCCCGAGCCCUCUGGUGACCUCGAGCUCACACUGUCCGCCGCGCCCAAUGCCUCCGCUUUCGACUCAGGCACCGGCAAGAAGGGGGCUUCCAAGGUGCAACGCCAUGUCAGAAUGGUCACGCACUGCAUGCAUGUCCAGUUUCUCAUGUUUCAUAAUCUGAUCCGGAAUGCCUGGAUACAGGAUAAGGAGGUGCAGAGGAUACUGGUCAAGGGGCUGAAUAAAGGUGCCUGGGAAGAGAUAGAAAUAUGGUGGCGGAAUGCUGCUAUACAGGACGGCCAUCUCCGUGUCAUCGAGAGUGGAUAUCCCGGCAAAGUAGACGCGGUCGCCGAGACAAGUAAAGGCAAAGGUAAGGCAAAAGCUGGAACUGGCAAAGGAAAUUCCAAAGACAGCAAAACAGCGGGACGUAAGAGCAAGGACCAAGAUAGGAAUUCACGUGAUUGGGGCGCUACGUCUACGCACGCAGAGCCGAACACACCAAAUCUUUCUUCUGGUGAUCCGUUGAUCCGUCUUUUAAAAUACCUCUCAUCCUUCUGGAAGCAAAGAUACAAAACCACUACCCCACCCUUACGGAAAAGGGGGUAUCUCCCCCCAUGGGCACUGGCAGCUGAAAUUGAGGCAUGGAAACGAGACCCUUCUAAUGCUGCUAUCUUUGGGGAGAGAGUGGAAAGCUUGGAGGCGUUUCGGGAGAAGGCCAAGAAACCUGAAGGGAGCAGAGACGUAGGCCAGCAACUGUUCACAGCUUUACUACGUGGAAUAGGAAUCGAAGCCAGGUUGGUCGCCAGUUUACAGCCGGUUGGAUUCGGAUGGAGUCAGGGAGAAGAGGGAAAGCCAAAGAAGGAUCUCGACAGGCCAGCUCAGAACGGUACACCAAGCAGGCCGCCUCGAAAGCCAAACGGAAAUGGAAAGCAGACUGUACAGGACGAUGAUAGCCCCCUUAGCGACCCUCCCUCCGACGACGACUCGCCCGUAGAGAUCAUUCAAUCAUCGAGGAAAAAAACAAUACCCUCAAGUCCAUCUCGUAAAUCCGACCUCCCACACCCCACAUAUUGGACCGAAGCCCUCUCCCCAACAACUCACAUUCCUAUCGCCGUCUCACCUCUACCCCUCUCCAUCGUUGCACCAGCCUCAAAUGCCGAGCUCAUAUCCAACUUCUACCCCCGCCCCGCCACCGCCGACAAAGCCAAGCAGGUCUUCUGCUACCUCAUCGCCUUCUCAUCCGACGGAACCGCAAAAGACGUCACCACCCGCUACCUCCCGCGCCACAUCUGGCCCGGGCGUACCAAAGGCUUCCGCCUACCCGUCGAAAAAGUCUCCAUCCACAACAAGCGCGGCAAAGUCCUAAAAUACGAACACUGGGACUGGUUCAAAAGCGUCCUACGCCCCUACUCCCGCCACCCCCGUUUCCACACCGUAUGGGAUGAGGUCGAAGACUCCGGCGACCUCGUUCCCGCCACGGCCGCAAAACCAAAAGGACUAGACGAAGACGGCGGGAAAGAAACAUUGCAGGGGUACAAAAGUUCCGCCGUCUACGUCCUCGAACGCCAUCUCCGCCGCGAAGAAGCGCUCCUCCCAAACGCGAAGAUCGUACGGCACUUCACGACCGGCAAAGGCGCCAAAGAAACCACCGAGCCCGUCUACCGCCGCGCCGACGUCGUGGCCUGCAAGACCGUUGAAAGCUGGCAUAAGGAAGGCAGGGAAGUCAAGGAAGCAGAACAGCCUCUCAAAUUCGUGCCCAUGCGCGCUGUCACCGUGACCCGCAAGCGCGAAAUCGCCGAGCGCGAGCUCGAGGAGGGCGAGAAGGUCAAGCAGGGCCUCUACGCUAAAUCUCAAACCGACUGGAUCAUCCCGGAGCCGAUCAAGGACGGGAAGAUCCCGAGGAAUGUGUUUGGCAAUAUCGAUGUGUAUGUGCCGACUAUGGUGCCGAAGGGUGCUGUGCAUAUCCCGCUGAAGGGCGCGGCGCGGGUGUGCAAGAAGCUGGGCGUGGACUUUGCGGAGGCGUGCACGGGGUUUGAGUUUGGGCGGCAGCGGGCGGUGCCGGUGUUGACGGGGGUGGUGGUGGCGGUGGGGAAUGAGGAUGCGGUGAUUGAUGCGUGGGAGGCUGAGGAAGUGGAGAAGAGGAAGAAGGAGGAGGCGAAGCGGGAGAAGAUGGUGUUGGGGCUUUGGAGGAAGUUUUUUAUGGGGUUGCGAAUUGUGGAGCGGAUGAAGAGGGAGUAUGGGGAUGAUUAUGAGAUUGCGCCGGCGGAUGAUAGGGGGAAGGGUGCUGCGAAAGGUGGGACUGGGGGGGAGGAGGCCGAUCCUGAGGCGUCGCAAAAACAGCAGUUGGAAGGUGGUUUCCUCCGCGACGACGACGAAGAGGAGGAGUGUGGUCCCCUCGGCGGCGGCUUCAUCAUCGAGGACGACUCUCCCACGACGCAUGUCCAUCGCCCUCGACCAGCCGCUCUUCAAACACCUAUCUCACUGCAAUCCGCACAUCUCCCUUUCUCACACGAGAACACGAUCACUACAGACCAAGAAUACCCCAAGGACGUCGAUAGCACUGAGGAUGAAGCCGACGACGAACCCAUCGCCGCUGUCCCAACCCCCAAACGCCAACCCACCGCACGCGGACGUGGCCGUGGUCGUGGACGCGGUCGCGGCGGCAUGGCAGCCAGAAAUCCAACCACAGCAUCUCGGUCUGCGACGAAAGCAUCCAGGCGAAACGAAGCAUCUAAUGAUAACGAGGAUGAAGAAGACGCUGAGGAAGAAUCGCCUUCUGAGUCUGCUUCGGGUGAGGAAUCAGAGUUCGAAGCGAAACCAGCGCCGAGACGGCAUGCUGCGCGAAAGAGCCAGCGCGCCGUGCGAAGCCACUACUUCUCGCACGACAGCGACAAGCUUACGGACGACGUUCCCGCCACUACGAAGAGGACAUCGGGUCGAGGGAGGGGGAAGCAGAAAGCGAAGACGUGAGUUUUACAGAGAAGCGUGAGCGGAUAAUAUAGGAUAAACUCACCCACAUUCCACAAACCCAUAAACAUGAACCAUAACUUAAACAUAAACCACAAACAUAAAAAUCCAAUAAAAUCCAAAACCCCGCUGAAAUUUUACCUCCUCCGCUACGCUAUACAAUGUUCCAAAGCAAGAAGUUGGGGAGAAAAGAAAGCAAUAACAUAA